AUGGUGAGCAGAACGGGUUCAAAUGAACCAAUGCACUCGAUUUAUCCAAUGACGUCUAGAUGGGAAUUCACCCUGCAAAAUGGUGACAAAGUGAGUGGAGAAGUCUACUGCACAGAUCCAGUUGCAGGUUUGGUUGUGUUGAUUGAGAGAGGAGACAUAAAAAUUAUCACUGCAGGAACGAUCCAAGAAUCAAAAUUGUUACAAAAGGCUACCACUGAGUCGCUACAGUCUGGCAACAUGAUGCACUCAAAGAAGGCUCUGGACGAGAGAGAAAAACGGGGCAUCCGCCUUGCGCAAGAGAGUUUGCGUCAUUUGAAUCCAAAGGCUUCGCCAAGGGGGCAAGCUGUCUUCGAUCGCUUACUCAAGGCUUGCAAUGAAGUCGUCUGGAAAGCGGAAUCAGUCAUUGUAUUGAAUCAAAUCCAAGUCGAUCCACCUUAUGCUCAAGAGAAUUGCAAAUUGCUUCAACCAGGAUCGGCUCAAGCAGGAGGGAGUUUGGAAAGAGUGCAGAAGAUUGUUUCGUCAACGAACCUCUAA